AUGAGCUUGAUCCAAGUAGCUCUGCUCUCAAAACUGCGUAUGUUCGAGUCUUUUGUGGUUCUGAGCUAUCAGACGUGUACGUAUUCGGGUUUUGCAAAUCUCACGUAUAGAGUCGUGCUUGUUGUUCACGUUUCACGAUUGCUUGAGCUUCCCGCAAGGCUUUCUUUUGCGUCGUCGGUCAGAAUUGGUUCGGUGGUGCGCAUCUGCGUUCGAAUCUGCUCAUGGCUGACCGGCAGAUAUCGCAAACACGUUCUCAAUUCUGAGUCGAGAGUGACGCCCUGUGAGUUGCUGUGCUGUGACUGGCGUCAGAGAGGAAUCGUGAAUACAGCGGAUGAAGCAGGAUUCAAGUUCAAUUCAUCUCGGUCUGACGAGAUUUUGAUUACUGGCCGAGAUGAAGCCCCGCUCGUGCAACGGAGCUACAUUAGCGAGGAGGCCGGAACCAUCUCUGCGUGGAUUCUUCAGGAGCCGCAAAAACUUCUCACGCGGCCCAAGCACCACAUUGCCGAGCAGCGGACGUGGCACACAGAAGCAGGGCUCAAGCUUAGUCUCUUCGAGUAA